UUCACUUUCAAUGUCCUACUCCCGCCAUGAUCCAUUCCCUUCCAGGUAAACUAAUGCCGGCAUCUGCUAUCCGCAGUGGCAGCGAAUCGUACGAGGAUAGCGAGAAAUUUAUUAAACUUAUCUCGGACCUUAGUCGAACUCUACUGACGGAAAUUGCGCAUCAGAGUUUACCGCCAUCAGGCAUUCCCGUGCCAAUUCCGAAGCUCGUUUACGGGAAAUCUUGGCAGAUGAGUUUAGUAUCGUUGUUACCUGUUGAAAUAUCCCUGACUGAAUACGAGCAAACCUUCUCCUACAUGCGAUGGUAUCAAUACGAAGAACAAUUCGCUAUCCUAAAUUCGUCAUCGUACACCUUGCGCGACGAGAUAAAAGACAUCAUCGCCAGUAUGCAAUACGACAGGAACGAAGAUUUUAAAUAGAUAAAUACAAAUGUAAACGUAUAUAGGACAAUGUCAUUCCGGUACUGAAAUCUAGAGCUGGAGGGAAUAGAGAUGUGCUUCAUACAGGGAUGCAGAUUAAACGUAUAUUGACAUAUAUUAUGUCCCAUUGAGAUAUGCAAGAGAAGUCUAUAUGCAUUUGAAAUUGCAAUAGGUAACUGAUAACAUAUAUACAUUCCGAUUCUCUAUUCAACAACUAUGUAUCUCAAUUAUAAAAGAGUUUCGCUAUAUUAGUAAUUUAUGAUUACUUACAUCGUAGAGAUAUAAUCGAGAAUAUUGUAAUGUUGGUAACACAAUUAUAAUAAUAAUUUACACGAUUACGUAAGCUAUUCUCUCGGUAUGAAAAAUAUUUUAUGUUCGAUAACAUAUAUAUUGUAAAAGGCAUAACAUUAAGAAAAAGAGAUGCGGCGUUUAUAAGACACAUUUACACAGAAAAGAGAUAUAACAAAA